AUGGGAAAGGAAAAGACCCACAUCAACAUCGUGGUCAUUGGCCAUGUCGACUCCGGAAAGUCCACCUCCACCGGCCACUUGAUCUACAAGUGCGGAGGAAUCGACAAGAGAACCAUCGAGAAGUUCGAAAAGGAAGCAGCCGAGUCGUUUCCAAGAUGGCGGCGCCAGCGUGCCUCCUGUGAGCUCAGCUGCCCGGCACGAGGGUGGAGCGCAGCCGUGUGCGCGCACAUGGGAAAGGGCUCCUUCAAGUACGCCUGGGUGCUGGACAAGCUGAAGGCCGAGCGUGAGCGUGGUAUCACCAUCGACAUCGCUCUGUGGAAGUUUGAGACCAGCAAGUACUAUGUGACCAUCAUUGAUGCCCCCGGACACAGGGACUUCAUCAAGAACAUGAUCACUGGAACCUCUCAGGCUGACUGCGCCGUGCUGAUUGUAGCUGCUGGCGUCGGUGAGUUCGAGGCUGGUAUCUCCAAGAACGGACAGACCCGUGAGCACGCCCUGCUGGCUUACACCCUGGGUGUGAAGCAGCUCAUCGUUGGUGUCAACAAGAUGGACUCCACCGAGCCCCCUUACAGCCAGAAGCGUUUCGAGGAGAUCACAAAGGAAGUGAGCACCUACAUCAAGAAGAUCGGCUACAACCCCGCCACCGUCGCUUUCGUCCCCAUCUCUGGAUGGCAUGGAGACAACAUGCUGGAGGCCAGCGACAAAAUGAGCUGGUUCAAAGGCUGGAAGAUUGAGCGUAAGGAGGGUGGAGCUACCGGUGUGACCCUGCUGGAGGCUUUGGACUCCAUCAUGCCCCCCAGCCGCCCCACCGACAAGCCCCUCCGUCUGCCCCUGCAGGACGUCUACAAAAUUGGCGGUAUUGGAACUGUCCCCGUGGGCCGUGUUGAGACCGGCGUCCUGAAGCCCGGCAUGGUCGUCACCUUCGCGCCCCCCAACCUGACCACUGAGGUCAAGUCUGUGGAGAUGCACCACGAGUCCCUGCCCGAGGCUUUUCCUGGCGACAACGUCGGCUUCAACAUCAAGAACGUGUCCGUCAAGGAAAUCCGUCGUGGAAACGUGGCCGGCGACAGCAAGAGCGACCCCCCACUGGCCGCCGAUAACUUCACAGCUCAGGUCAUCAUCCUGAACCACCCCGGGCAGAUCGCUCAGGGCUACGCCCCCGUGCUGGACUGCCAUACCGCUCACAUCGCCUGCAAGUUCAGCGAGCUGAAGGAGAAGAUCGACCGCCGCUCCGGCAAGAAGCUGGAGGACAACCCCAAGGCGCUGAAGUCUGGGGACGCCGCCAUCAUCACCAUGGUGCCCGGAAAGCCCAUGUGUGUGGAGAGCUUCUCCCAGUACCCCCCCCUGGGUCGCUUCGCCGUGCGUGACAUGAGGCAGACGGUGGCCGUCGGCGUCAUCAAGAGCGUGGAGAAGAAGGCGCCCAGCGGCGGAAAAGUCACCAAGUCGGCACAGAAGGCCGAUAAGAAGAAAUGA